UUAUGCUUGAUUCCACACCGCACGGCCGACGACCGUAGGGGGAUCGAGCGAGCUCCAGCAUCCGAGACAUGGGAGAGGAAGGAGGAGGAGGAGGAGGGAUCGGGAGAUCCAUGGCGGACGCAGGCGGGCGGGCGGAGGUGUCUCUGGCCACGGUCCGAUCGCCGGGGCACCCUGCGGCGGCGGCGGCGGAUCCUUGCCCAGCUGACACCGGACAAGAGAAGCCAGCCGCGAGCGCAGAAUCGGCAAACGGUGCUGCUCCAAUGGGCGAGUGCGCCACGGAGUACCGGGGCCUCCCCGACGGCGACGCCGGCGCGGCAUUGUCGUCGUCGUCGACCCGUACGGUUUCGAUGAAUCCGCUUAUCUUCCUCAUCUUCUACGAGGUCUCCGGAGGGCCGUUCGGGAUCGAGGACAGCGUGGGCGCGGCAGGGCCGCUGCUCGCCAUCAUCGGCUUCUUGGUCCUCCCCGUCGUCUGGAGCAUCCCGGAGGCGCUGAUCACGGCGGAGCUUGGGUCUAUGUUCCCGGAGAACGGCGGGUACGUCGUGUGGGUGGCCUCGGCGCUCGGCCCCUACUGGGGGUUCCAGCAGGGGUGGAUGAAGUGGCUGAGCGGCGUCAUCGACAACGCGCUCUACCCCGUCCUCUUCUUGGACUACCUCAAGUCCGGCGUCCCGGCGCUGGGCGGAGGCGCGCCGAGGGCGUUCGCCGUCCUUGGCCUGACAGCCGUGCUGACGUUGCUGAACUACCGGGGGCUCACCGUCGUCGGGUGGGUGGCCAUCUGCCUCGGCGUCUUUUCCCUCCUCCCUUUUCUCGUCAUGGGGCUCAUUGCGCUCCCCAAGCUCCGGCCGGCGAGGUGGCUCGUGGUCGACCUCCACAACGUCGACUGGAAUUUGUACCUGAACACUCUGUUCUGGAACCUCAACUACUGGGAUUCGAUCAGCACGCUGGCCGGCGAGGUCAAGAACCCCGGCAAGACGCUGCCCAAGGCGCUGUUCUACGCGGUCAUCUUCGUGGUCGUCGGCUACCUGUACCCGCUCCUCGCCGGGACCGGCGCCGUGCCGCUCGGCAGGGAGCAGUGGACUGACGGCUACUUCGCGGACAUCGCGAAGCUGCUCGGCGGCGCGUGGCUGAUGUGGUGGGUGCAGUCGGCGGCGGCGGUGUCGAACAUGGGCAUGUUCGUGGCGGAGAUGAGCAGCGACUCAUACCAGCUGCUGGGCAUGGCGGAGCGGGGCAUGCUCCCGGCCUUCUUCGCGGCGCGGUCGCGGUACGGCACGCCGCUGGCUGGCAUCCUCUUUUCGGCCUCCGGGGUGUUGCUGCUGUCGACGAUGAGCUUCCAGGAGAUCGUGGCGGCCGAGAACUUCCUCUACUGCUUCGGCAUGCUCCUCGAGUUCGCGGCGUUCGUGAUGCACCGGGUGAGGCGCCCCGACGCGCCCCGCCCGUACAGGGUGCCGCUGGGCACGGCCGGGUGCGUGGCGAUGCUGGUGCCCCCGACGGCGCUGAUCGCCGUGGUGCUCGCGCUGUCCACGCUGAAGGUGGCGCUCGUGAGCCUCGGCGCGGUGGCCGUCGGGCUCGUGCUGCAGCCGGCGCUGAGGUUCGUGGAGAAGAAGAGGUGGCUGAGGUUCUCCGUUAACCCGGACCUCCCGGAGAUCGGCGUGGUUCGCCCACCCGCCGCGCCGGACGAGCGGUUGGUCCCGUAGGACCCGCAAAAAUAUCUGUUGGGCCUUUGUUUGGUUAAUCCCAUAUAAAGAGAGAGGUUGUUUCAUAUCUAUUGUGACGUGAAAUUAUUCCAUCAAUCCUCUCCAAUUCCUCUCUCUAGGUGAAUAAAGACACUUGAAAGUUGAAACUGGAGAGAAAAAAUAUGGGAAACUCUGGGUUUGGGUUAUAGUCCAACUAUGGAGAAGGCAUUCAAACUGAAGCAUUUUGAAAGUUGCAACAAAAGAAUGAAAUCCAGUGAAAUCCUUUGAAAAUCAACAGGAGGACUGUAUUGUAACGAGCUGGGAAAGAAUUACAUGAGUUCGAUGUUCACGUUAGUGUCUCUUGCAUCAUGUUCUUGUAACUUGUAAGCUGUGCUUUUAUGUGUUUGGGUGUCAUACAAGAGUCGUCGAAGGUGUGAUUUAUUUUCUGGUAAGAUAGGAUAGAAAAAUUGCUAAAAACUGAGAAAUAAUUGGAUUUUAG